GCGCCCCGGCAAGUUCUCCAGCGGGCCAGGCCUCAGCCGGGAUAAGGAGGGAGACUUUGAGCACAACCGUAGCUGUUAUUCGUACAAAGGGAAGGGCAGAGCACCGGACAGGUCCACUACUCCAGAGGGCACCUGGGGAGGACCCGGCCGGCAUGCCGGCGCUUCCCUUUUGUGCUUCUCCUGCCUCCUCUAAACUGCCUGUGCAUAGACCCAGGGGCAUGGGCGAAAACAGAAGGGAGGUGGGCAGACUUAGCUCAGGGUUGAGUCGCGUAACCACCACGCCCCGGUAGCUGAGUACACCCACAGCCGGGACUCCACUCCAGAUUCAGCCACAACAUGGCAACUGUUUUUAUAAAGCAACUGGUGAUUUCUGCUGUGAACCCUCUCCUACGUCUGAGUCAUUGCACGACGACGUCCCGUGCGCUCUCCACACUCCUGCUGGGUCCCCUGCGUGUUGCAGUCCCAGCAGGGGCAAAGCCCAGCGAAGUGGUGGCCUCACCCCUCUCCUGCCGCCCCUUACCUUUCCUGCAGCCUGCUCUGGGGUUCAAGACCAAGGGCGUCCUCAGGAAGCGUUGCCGGGACUGUUACCGGGUGAAGAGGCGUGGGCGGUGGUUCAUCUACUGCAAAACGAACCCAAGGCACAAGCAAAGACAGAUGUAGCUCCUUCGGCUGUGAAAAUAACAUGCAAGAUUGUACCAUUUCCUUGAGAGAUGGUGUUAACUUACCGAAGAAAAAUAAAAUGUAAAUGUUCUGGUUUCUAA